AUGUAUUCUUUAAAAGAAAAUACUCAUAGGACAUUUACUCAUGUUCUUGAGAAUGUUAAACAAGAUUGGUUUGCAGUGGCAUCACUGUUGGAACAUGUGCUGCAAACAGUUAAAAUCCAACUACCUCAGGUGACAGAUAUGUUUCUUCGUUCUGAUAAUGCGGGCUGUUACCAUUGUGGACAUUUGUGGAUUGCUAUUCCUCAAAUUAGCAAUAGAACAGGUAUUCAAAUAAAGCAAUAUUCAUAUUCAGAGGCUCAGGCCGGAAAGUCCUACUGUGACUUAAAAAUUGCUCAUAUGAGAACCAAGAUGAGAUCCUUUGUGGCAACCGGAAAUAAUAUUUUGAAUGCAGACGACAUGAAAACUGCAAUUGAUUAUGGAAAAGGUGUAGCUGGAUGUCAAGUGGCCCAUGUUAUUGUUGAAACAUCAAAACAUAUUCUCAAGACUCAUACUUUAAAAAAUAUAACACAUUACAACGAUUUUCAGUACACAGAAUCUGGUGUUGUAUUCAGAAAAGCUUAUGGUAUUGGGGAUGGAUUGUCAAUGACUUAUAGUGAGUUAACUGAAUUAUCAGGCCAUUGUCAAAAUGAAACUGGAUGUACUCUUGUAACAGAUUUUGUUCUGCCAUCAAAGGUCAAAGGAAAGAUCAAGUUAACAAAAGCUGAAAGUAAUGCUGUAGAAAAUGAAAUGAGUACUGAGACCACAACAAUAAGACCAGUCAGUUCAUCUGCUUUGCAGACACCACUCUCCUUUCAUUGCCCAGAACCAGGUUGUAUUAAGCAUUAUGCUUCUUACAGAACUCUAGAAAAUCAUGUUUUAUUAGGUAAACAUGAUUUAAGAUUAGAAAGAGAAUCGGUAUAUGAUAUCAUUCGCAAGCAAUGGGCAGAACUCUGCAACAAUGUUAUUGUUACAAGGAAGAAAAAUGUUGCCAGCCAAUGUACAGAUAAUCCACAAGCUGUAGAAACCCUUCCUAUGGGUUGGGCAUUAAAAAGGGCCAGAAAGGUGAAUAGAUUUCCUACCAAGAUUAAAAACUUCCUUAUUAAGAAAUUCAAUGAAGGAGAGAAAAGUAAAAACAAAUGCAGUCCAGAUGAUGUCGCAUUAGAAAUGAAAUCAAUGAGGGAUACUGAGGGCAGACGUGUAUUUCAGUUAAACGAAUGUUUAAAUAGUACUCAAAUUACAUCUUUCUUCUCACGAUUGGUAUCAGCUAAUGCAAGUAACAACAAGAAAAUAGUACCUGAAGAUGAUGACUUGGUAGCUGCUGCUGUUGCAAUAAAUCAAUCUGAAUUAAUUGAAUCAGUUAACUCUGCAAAAACAACAAAUGACUGUUAA